AUGUUGCUGUCGCAGCCUCAACAAGAAGACCUAUUACCAGCAGGUUACGCUCGUAAUGGUCUAGUUGAUGAAAAUAAGCGCUGGCCGAACCGCACUGUCGUCUAUCACAUUAACGAGGAAGACUUUGAUGACACCCAGACUCGAGGCAACCAUGAUAACCCAGACAUGGGGGUAACCAUGACAUUCAAAGGUUCAGAAGGAGGAUGUGCCUCAACAGUGGGAUAUAACCCUGAUAAUGGUAUUCCUCAAUAUGUGAAGUUAGCCGAUAAUUGCUUUGGGCAUGGUACACUGAUACACGAGAUAAUGCAUACUCUUGGAUUCAGUCACAUGCAGAGUACUUAUGACAGAGACGAUUAUGUGGAUAUUGUAUGGGAAAAUAUUAUACCUGGUCACGAAGCUAAUUUUGUAAAACAUAGCAAUGAGUCUGUGAGUGAUUUUGGAGUACCGUAUGAUUACCAUAGUGUAAUGCACUAUCCGGAUACAGCGUUUACAGCAAAUGGCAGCCAAACCGUCAUCCCACUAAAGGACAAUGUGACUAUUGGUCAAAGAGAAGGACUAUCUCAUGGGGACAUAUUGAAACUAAACAGAAUGUAUUGCGAAGAAGCUGCCGAUGAGGAUAAAUCUGUGGUUGACAAGUAAAAUACACCAAGAGAUGCAAUGCAACAGUGCACAUCUAAAAUACAGAAUGUUACGAAGAA